AGGAUCAGAGUCAGAAGAAGAAGAAGGGCAAAGCCAAGAGGCCCAGCACGGAGUCCAAGAGGGACGAGGCCUCGUUUCGGGCGCGGACCGAGCAGGAGAACCAGGCGCUCAUCCGAGAGUGGAGCCAGUACGCCCACCCGCGGGCCAGGGAGUUCUUCCAGACCGAAGAGGUGAUGAUGGACGUCCUCAUGCAGCUGGCAAUGGGCAUCGACAGGGACAGCGACCCCGUGCUCGGGCCAGACGACCAAUGCGUUUACUGGUAUGGGGACGUGACGAAAGACGACCAGCAGGCGGCGAUCAGGAUCGGGAGGAUGGUGAAGCCCGGAGAGUCGUCGGAGUCGGUAACGUACGUGAACCGGGUUUUGGCCUUCAUAUUCGCGACCGAUGAGUCCUUCGAGCAGCUCAUGAAGCUUCCCAAGGAGCCGUUCAAGAUGAAUUGCGGUGACCAGCUCUGCGUGCACCUCGCGCACAUAUCGCUCGCCGUCGAGGGUAACGGCGCGGCUAGCAGCAGCUAGCGGCAGCAGGUGGAAGCAUUGACUGGAGUUUUGCAUGCACUGGCGACCUGGAGCGCCAACUUUUUCUGCCAUCCAGUUUUCGUGAGUAUUUCACCUGUCCCUCCUUGGUCGCCUCCGAGGCUGGUGGCUGGAGGCUGGGGACUGGAGCCAUUGUCUUCCAGGGUGUGCGCUCUCACAGUGCACAUUUGGCUUGCCCCUGCCGCGGGAAGCCGAGACUUUCUCGUUGAUCAAACCUGGGGUGCUGUGUAAGAUGAUGUACCCUUUUUAUAUAGAGAGAUGCCACCAACCGCACUGGAGCCAUACAUGCUACCCGGCGUCAC